AUGAUUUUUUUUCGUUUAGGAGCCUUUUCAACAACAUUAAAAAAAAACAUAUGCGACGACAAGCAAUUACUGAAAUUUUCUAGUGUAACAUGUUUUCGUUUUGAUAGUGAAUUUCCAAAUACUAUGUUUGUAAAACAUCUGUUUAAUGAAGAAUUCCGUUCAAUUAAUAUAGGUAAAAGGGGACAAAGGUCAUUCCAAAACAUUAUGCAAUUGCAACUGGAACCUAAAUAUGAGGAAUCCAUACAGAUAAAUGGUAAAAAACUGUCCAAUUUAGUGCAACUAUUGCCUUAUAUACCUCCUGUAUAUCAAUUUUUUUAUAAAAAUCUUAAAGGAUUUAAUAAUAUGGAUUUGGCGGAUAAUGCUGAUGAUAAUGAUAUGCUAGAACAUCUGGAUGUUGAUGACAAUGAGAUAGAUUAG